CGAGAUUUAGACUUGUCAGUCUAUCCUAAAUGUAACAUACUGCCAGUUAUUAAUGAAUAUUGUCCAAAUCUUGAAAAACUUCGAAUAAGAAUCGAUUAUAUUGAUGAUACGGAUAGAGCAAUAUUUAAUAAUGUAUUUACACAUCUUUCUAAACUAAAAGUAUUGAAAAUUAUAUUUGAUGGUUGUCUUCUUGGUGAAGAUUCAUUGGUACCUACAGCUUUAAUUAAUUCAUUGUUGAACGUUGCUGAUACAUUGAUUGAUCUCAAUAUUUCAAAAUGGUCUGAAUCCAUUAGUGACUGCAGCGCUGUAUAUCCAGAAGGAAUGAUUAGUGUGAUGACUCAACUAAAGGCUUUAAGACAAUUUAGAACUUCUGGUAUAAGCCAUCCUAAUAGUUUAGGCGUUUAUUUGAACAAUUCUAAAACAAUAAGAGUUUUUUCUGACAACAGUUGUUACAUUAGCCAUAAAAUUGAUAGAAAGGAGCUCUUUGAAAAAAUCGAGGUAUUAAAUAUUCUGAAUUGGCUAAUUCCCGAUGAUAUUAUAUGUAAUAUUGCUAAUACUAUGAAACGAUUACACACACUACAUGUAUCAUGUCAUUGGUUAACCAAUACUGCUAUCGUUACAUGUACAAAAAUGAAUAAUUUAAAAUUUAUCAAUUUUUUCGGCUACAAUAACGUCACUGACUCUUCAAUUAAAUUGCUGAAAAAUUUGACACAUUUAAAGGUGCCAUUGAGCAAUAAAAUUACUGAUGAAUCAAUCAUUAAAGUUCUUGAAAAUUCACCAGAGAUGCAAUGUUUUAGCCUGAAGAACACAGGUAUAACUCAUAAAUUUAUUGAAAAAGCAGCAGAAAUAUCAAAAAAUCGUAAAAGGCAAUUAAAAAUAGAGGUUUCACUUGAACGUGAUAUGUCUAACACACAAGUUAAAUAUGAAUAUUUGACUGUUCGUUAUGCUAAAAAAUAGAAACAACAAAAUGAAAAUUACAUAACAUUAAUUCAUUGAAAAUUUUAUAGUAAAAUAGUUUUUUAUUUUUUUUUUUUCUCUCUCUCACUUUCUCUCUUUUUUAUCUUCUUUUUUUGGCCUCCUCGUCACUCUCCAGGAUGCGAGGGGUUUGAUAUCUUUGAUAUUGGAUAUUUGGAUUUGCAAUUAGUAUGACAAGGAAAAAAAAUAUAUUAUGAUUUAUAAUAAAUUUUAUCCAGAUGUAGUGUGGUAGAAUUUUUUACCGACGGAAGAUAGUUGAUAUUCCUACCGCCCGGCAGCGCAAGAGUCGUUUUCUAUUUUUUAAGAUGACCUCUAGGUUAAAUAAAAUAUUUUCUGUUUGUAAAAAAAAAAAUUUACGUAAACACUCGGCUGCUUAUUUUGUUGUGAUAUUUAGUGAUUAAAUUAGCUUAAUUAAUUAUUUUUUUUUGUAUAAAUCGCUUUGUUUUGUCGUUGUGAUCCGAUUGAGUGAUAAAUUAUUGCUGAGUUUUGCUUAUUUUAUCCAAAAAAUGUAUAUUGUCGAAGGCGGUCAAAUUGGACUUGAGACGCCGAUGAAUUGGCACAUAAAAUGGCGUCGAAAUUCAAAAAAAUAUGAGGAUAAAUUAUUUAUUAAAUAUGGCUGAUCGAUA